CGCCUCUUCUGUCCCAGCAAUGUGUGAAACAAAUGUGUAUGGAGCAGAUGAAGAUGAGGUUGAGUUUUAUGGGACUCUUAAGAUAUUGCUAAUGGCAAUAGAAGCAGUAACUUACUUGAUAUACAAUCUCGCUUCAAGAAUUAAUGAUGAACCUGUUCCACGCCCAUUGACUCGUCGACCUGUGACGGCUAAUGGGAUUAAAUAUAUGGAUGAAAUAAUGGCCGAAGAUCCUAAAACAUUUAGAAAUGUAUACAGAAUGUAUCCUAACAUUUUUCAAAAAUUAUGUUGUAUCCUAAGAAACAAAACCCCUUUAAGAGAUACAAGGUAUAUUUGUGUUGAAGAAAUGGUGGCAACAUUUUUACUUAUUAUCGGCCAAAAUAACCGCUAUUGUCAACCAAGAAUGAUAUUUAAGCGGUCACACUUCAGCAUUAGCAGAAGCUUCAACAAAGUAUUGAAAGCGUUGAAUACAAUAGCUCCCGACUUUAUGGCCAAACCGG